AUGACAAACAGGAGGGAUCUUAUUGAUGAUGCUCUGCUUCGACCUGGUCGACUGGAAGUGCAAGUUGAAAUCGGUGAGAUUCAACAUAACUUUUAAUUCUGUGUUUUAACUCACGUUGCCAGCAUCUAUGGAAAUUUAUUUGGAACAAAAGAAAGCGUAUACAUAAGAAAAGACUAUUCAACUCCCACAGGACUGGUUUGGGACACAAACAUGGCCGCCGUUUCAUUGUUUUGGGACACAAAUAUGGCCGCCAUGACGUCAUGUGAAAACACACAAUAGAGAGAAGAAGCCGUUACGUCACGUUGCCAUGGUAGCAAAAUUUCCGCAUCUCAACAAACAGUGGUCCUGCAAAUAUGGCGGAAAAAAAAUUGACAUGACUGUAUGACUUUCUUGUGCAUGAUUGCACUUUGAAACAAAACGGUAGCCCAUACUUUUCUUCCAUCGUUCAACAAUACAAAUGGCCGUCUCUGUCAAGAAAGGUUGUUGAGAUCCAGCAAUCUUGCUACCCACGGUACUACCCACGGUAACGUGACCUCUCACUACCCCUCUCUAUUGGCUCUCUUGUCAUGGUUAACUCAGUAAGAUCACGCGAAAAUUAAAUUCGCCUUGCAUGCAGCAUUGCAUACUACUGAUACUNACCCGGGGGUUUUAUUCCAUGGUUGAUUAAUUUACAGCUAUUUGUACCCAAGUUGAUCAAGUGACUGCCUGGGGAGUGUGCACAUUGGUUCUUUGACAACAUUACGACAUGAUCAUAUUGCUUUCGUAGGCGAUACAGCAUGUCGCGGCCGGAAAAUAGCAUUUUGAUUCACGAGCAUGCGCUGAACCGUGCACCUGUCCCUUUAAGUUCUCUAUUGUGUCGUUACGCAACGCUGCUCUCCACUGAAAUGUUGCGUCCAGGAGACUCAAAAUAGAACCCUUGCAAAGGUGUUUGAGAAAGUCAAGAGGUGACAAGUAUAGAAUUUGCUGAAAGCUGGAUUUUGUUGGCCCAAUCCAUUUUAAGGCCCAGAAAUUCAAGUUGUGGCACGUGCUUUACAAGAUAGUUUUGCUUUUACUUCAAGGUAUGACAAACAGGAGGGAUCUUAUUGAUGAUGCACUGCUUCGACCUGGUCGACUGGAAGUGCAAGUUGAAAUAGGUGAGAUUCUACAUAAAUUUUAAUAGAGAGAAGAAGUGUUUACGUCACUUUGCCAUGGUAGCAAAAUGUCGGGAUCUCAGCCAACAGUGGUCCUUCAAAUAUGGCAGAAAAAAGAAUUGACAUGACUGUAUGACUUUCUUGUGCAUGACUGCACUUAAAAACAGGACGGUAGCCCAUACUUUUCUUCCAUCGUUCGACAAUGCAAAUGACCGUCUCUGUCAAGAAAGGUUGUCGAGAUCCAGAAUUCUUGCUACCCACGGUACUACCCACGGUAGCGUGACCUCUCACUACCCCUCUCUAUUGGCUCUCUUGUCAUGGUUAACUCAGUAAGAUCACGCGAAAAUUAAAUUCGCCUUGCAUGCAGCAUUGCAUACUACUGAUACUUUAAGUAAUGUAUGCUAACGAAUUAUGCCAGCUGCCGCAAAAAGAGUCCGUGAAGACGUAUUUCUUUAUUGCGUACACUGACAUUGGAUCAAUUUAAGGUUUCUGGGAAACUGUCUACCUACCCCUCCCCUAAGCCAACAUUUUGCCUUAAGUGAGAAGUGAGUGAUAAUGUUGGCUUAGGGGAGGGGUAGGUGGGCAGUUUCCCAGAAACCUAAAAAAUUCAUCCCUGAUUUUAAUGCAUAAUGAGUUCUUUAUAGGCCUAAAAGCGGAUUAUAGUUAGUGAAUAUGAAAAUGUUUGUGUUUGUUUGCGGGCGUUCUAUCAUUUAUUUAAAAGUUGCAUAGGUUUUCUCUCUGUUUUUAUGCAGUAGUAUGUAUUGCUGUUGGAAAAAUACGAGAUUGCACACAUUUUUGUUUGUCUGGCCAAUGUGUAAUAUUCCUUAUUGAAAUAGAGGAUCGACAGGGCAUAUUCUUUAUAGUGAGCGAGGUGUUGUUUCUCCGUGUUUUUAUAACGCUGUUUGUUGACCAGGCUUGCCAGAUGAGGCUGGACGAGUUCAAAUCCUGGAGAUACACACAGCUAAGAUGAGAGAAAAUAAUCUCCUUGCACCAGAUGUCGACCUGGCUGAUUUGGCUGUGCAGACUAAGAACUUUACCGGCGCUGAGAUUGAAGGACUUGUUCGCGCAGCGCAGUCCACAGCCAUGAAUCGCUUUAUCCAGGUACAGUAAAAGGAGAGUGCAGUGAUUUGCUGACUACCACCGAACGAAUUUGAUUCAAGAAAAAAAUAAAUCAAGCAAGCUGCCCUAGAAACUUUUUGUUUGAAAGCGUGCUUCUAUUCUUCAUAUAGUUUACCGAGCGAGGAAUGUUAAGAGUCGUGUGGGGUAACAUGCGAUCAAGUACUUUUGGGGAAUAGUGUUGGACUUUAAGUAUCAUGGCAAUGGUAACAAAUGUGAUUAAGACGGAAUCCACCAGGAAAUUGAGUAAUGUUAAUUUUCAGUGGACAAAAACCUUGUACCAGAAUAAUUUAAAGAAUAUUGAACUCUUUUUUACAUUUUUCAAGGGCUCAAGAUGUAAUAAAUCAUCUGUAGUAACACCAACGAAAAUUUCUCUUGGAAGUCCGAGAAAACUGAAUGUCAAAUUUCACAAGAAUUGUGAUUACACAGGUAAAAUUCUGAAAAUUUCAUGUGUAAGAUGUAAUUCUGUGAAAUAUGACAUUCAUUUUCUCGGGCUCCUAUGAGAAAUUUUGUUUGGUGUUACUACAGAUGAUUUAUUACAUCUUUAGCCCUUGAAAAAUGUAAGAAAGAAUGCGAUAUACUUGAAAUUAUUCUGGUACAAGAUUUUUGUCCACUGAAAAUCAAAAUUACUCAAUUUCCUGGUGGAUUCCGUCUUAAUAUUCCAACUUCUACCUUUUUGACUCUUUAAGCCCCAGAUAUCCACGUACACUUUGGGCCUGAAAGGGUAAAAAAAAAAAAUCAAAGUUCGAUGCGAAAGACAACACGGUAAAGUCAACUCUUUCUGAGAAGAACGCCUUGGGGACCUGCAGUAUGUGUCAGUCUUAGAGAGAUGUCCGUCUUAUAGAGAGUCAAAUAAAGGGAGUAAAGAAAGGCAGGGACCAACUCUGAGUGUCCGUUUUACAGAGGUGUCCGUUAAGAUAGAGUAGACUGCAUUUCAGUUUUUUCUGUUUUGGUUUUAUCAGCUUAAAAACAAUUUCGAAAUUGAUCCUGAAGCUGUGGAAAAAAUUUUGAUAAGACGUGAGGACUUCUAUCACGCCCUGGAGCACGACAUCAAACCGGUAAGUAAAGCAAGCUUUCUGUUUCCUGCAAAAGGCAAAGGAAAAUGCUCAAAUAUGAUUGGCUUUUUAACAUAACAAGUCAUGCAAGGAUAAUUGAACAGUGCGCGUCAUUUCGCUCUGUUUAAAGACAGUUGUACUUUGAUGAUGAUGAUGGUGAUGGUGAUGAUGAUUUUUUUAUACUUGUGCGUAUUCCAUUCGUCAUUCGUCAUAUUUACUUUUAUGGCUUACAUAUUACAUUUUACAUACUUUCGUAUCCCUAGUUGCAAAAAAACAAAACAAAAACCAUAGGAAAAUGUUCAGCUCAAUUUUGUGUCCAUAUAAAAUCACUCAAUCCAAAUCUAUUCGUCACUCUUUCAUACAAUCCAAGUUCUUCGGUCCUUCAAGCCGUUUCCUCUUUCUUUUUCUUUAGGCGUUUGGACCUGCUGAUGACAAUCUGGACCUGUAUGUUGCAAAUGGUGAGUGGUGA